AGAACCAUUACCCCCAGAACCAUCCAGACCCUCUGCCACCAGCUUUGCAUGCAGCUCACAGUGGUGACACUCAGGCCAGGGUGGCAGGGUGGGACAUCCAGAGUUCCCAGCCCUGCAAGUACUGCUGCCGCCACACCUCUCUGCACCUCUCCUCCAAGCCAUGGGCUCCUGCUGUUCAGUGCUUCUGUGGCUGUGCUACUUUCUGAUCUCCAUGGCACCUGCGCACAGGGCCGCCAACCCCCAUGCAGAGGACCGACUCUUCAAGCACCUCUUCAGCGGCUACAACCGUUGGGCACGGCCAGUGCCCAACACCUCAGACGUAGUCAUUGUGCGCUUCGGCUUGUCCAUUGCACAACUCAUCGAUGUGGAUGAGAAGAAUCAAAUGAUGACCACCAACGUCUGGCUACAGCAGGAGUGGACGGAUUACAAGCUGCGCUGGAACCCAGCCGACUUCGGAAACAUCACGUCCCUCCGUGUCCCUUCCGAGAUGAUUUGGAUCCCUGACAUCGUCCUCUACAAUAAUGCAGACGGGGAGUUUGCUGUGACACACAUGACCAAGGCUCACCUCUUCUCCACGGGCACUGUGCAUUGGGUACCCCCGGCCAUCUACAAGAGUUCCUGCAGCAUCGACGUCACCUUCUUCCCCUUCGACCAGCAGAGCUGCAAGAUGAAGUUCGGCUCUUGGACUUAUGACAAGGCCAAGAUCGACCUGCAGCAGAUGGCACGCACAGUGGAGCUGCGAGAAUACUGGGAAAGUGGCGAGUGGGCCAUUGUCAGCGCCACGGGCACCUACAACACCAAGAAGUAUGAUUGCUGCGCUGAGGUCUACCCCGAUGUCACCUACAUCUUCGUCAUCCGCCGCCUGCCGCUCUUCUACACCGUCAACCUCAUCAUUCCCUGCCUGCUCCUGUCCUGCCUCACUGUGCUGGUCUUCUACCUGCCAUCGGACUGUGGCGAGAAGAUCACACUCUGCAUCUCCGUGCUCCUCUCGCUCACCGUCUUCCUGCUCCUCAUCACCGAGAUCAUCCCAUCCACGUCGCUCGUCAUCCCGCUCAUUGGCGAGUACCUGCUCUUCACCAUGGUCUUUGUCACGCUCUCCAUCAUUAUCACCGUCUUCGUGCUCAACGUGCACCAUCGCACACCUGCCACCCACAGCAUGCCGCGUUGGGUGCAUGGUGUCUUUCUGAGUCGUGUGCCCCGCUGGCUGCUGAUGAGCCGGCCCCUGCCCCCCUGGGAGCCCCCUGACUUGAAGCUCAGCCCGUCCUACCACUGGCUGGAGAGCAACGUGGAUGCAGAGGGCAGUGGGAAGGAGGAGGAGGAGGAGGAAGAAGAGGAGGAAGAGGAAGUAGAUGAGUGGCUGUGUACCCGCCCUCCACCUCGCUCCACAGGGCUUCUCUAUUGCCGUGAUGCUUUGCAACCAGAAGUGCUGAGCCCCAGGCUGGAGACUCGGGCACCAGAGAAUGAAUCUGUGCUGUCGUCUCGUCUGCAGAAGGCUUUGGAAGGGGUACACUACAUUGCUGCUCAUCUUCGGGCUGAGGACUCAGACUCCUGGGUGAAGGAGGACUGGAAGUACGUGGCUAUGGUCGUCGACAGGAUAUUCCUCUGGCUCUUCAUCAUCGUCUGUGUCCUGGGCACCGUUGGCCUCUUCCUCCCUCCCUUCCUGGCAGGGAUGAUCUGA